GCGCGCUAUUUCAUGACGUGUUAAAACUAUCAACACCAACAGUCUGCCUGCUAAUUUUCCCCCUAAUAUCUAUUGUUGCCAUUGUUUGAGAUUUAGGAUUGAUGGGACCACAUGUGCUCUGGGAUUUGUCUAAGGUGUUUAAAAUACAUCGAAAGGGUUAGGGUUCAGAGGCCAGUAGUGGAGACUGUGUGUGUUUGACACCACUGUCCUCCAGGCUCCUGGACGCCUCAGGAGGGGGCAGGAUGUGAUGUCACAGCGGCGCUCCCUUCUUCCUGUCCGGCGGUGUGUGUGAGAGAGGUGGAGGCUCCACCCAGACGAACAGGAGAGAUGUUUGAGGUGAAACCCCGUGGCGUGGAGAAGAACGGCGGAAGCACAGAGACUGAUGACACCAGUAGCAGCAGUAAGCAGUGUGGUGGUGGGGGGUCGAUGGGCUCCCAGGGGUCAGAGUCUCUGUACCUGUAUGACAGCCAGGACUGGGUGAUCUCUCCCAUCUGCUCCCCUGAAGAGGAGCCCUGCCCCACCGCCAUCUCCCCCAUGCUGGCCGAGGAGACCUUCAGAUACAUGACUUAUCUUUCCCUGGCUCCCUCUUCCUACUCUCACCCAGGCUCCCGAGUCCUCAGUGCUGAUAGGGUGGAGCAGAUGACCAAGACCUACAAUGACAUUGAGGUUGUCACACACCUAUUGGCUGAGCGGGACCGGGACUUGGAGCUGGCCGCUCGGAUUGGUCAGUCUCUGCUUCAGAGGAACCACCUGCUCCAGGAACGAAAUGAGUCUGUGGAGGAACAGCUAGCACAGGCCCUGGACCAGGUGCACCAGCUACAACAUGAGCUGGGGAAAAAGGAUGAGUUGCUGCGGAUGGUGGCCAGCGCUUCGGAGGAGAGUGAGACUGAUUCCAGCUGCUCAACGCCGCUGCACCCCCGCCAACCCCUAGCACCAGCUGUGGCCCUCAGCCAGCUGGAGGCCCUGCAGGGGAAAAUGUCUGAUCUGGAAGAGGAGAACCUGGCCCUACGCUCUGAGGCCCGUCAUCUGAAGACGGAGACCAUCACCUUCGAGGAGAAAGAACAACAGCUGGUCAGCGACUGUGUCAAGGAGCUACGCGAGUCCAACAGUCAGAUGGUGAACCUAACAGAGGAGCUGUCCCAUAAGAGUGAAGAGGUGAUGCGACACCAGGAGGAGAUUUCCCAGCUCCUCUCCCAGAUAGUAGAGCUCCAACACCGCGUCAAAGAGCUGGCCCUGGAGAAAGAGGAGCUGAGGAUUCACCUACAGGCCUCGAAAGAUGCCCAGAGAUCACUCACUGCAGAGCUGAAUGAGCUAGCGGACCGUAAUGUAGAGUGUGUGGGGAUGCUACAUGAGUCUCAGGAAGAGAUCAAGGAGCUGCGCAGUAAGAACACUCCGUCUGCAGGCAUGAGACGACACCUGCCCUACGGACUCUUCCCCAUGGACUCCCUGGCAGCAGAGAUUGAAGGCACCAUGAGGAGAGAGCUGAGUGUCGAGGACGAGGUGGCUUUCCAGGACCAGAAAGUUUCCCAGAAGAAGGUGUUUCAGACUGUACGCGUGGUCAACGAGUCGGUAGAGCGAGCUGCGGCGAUGGCCACGCCCCCUAUCCCUGGCUCGGGAGGCAGCUGCCUGGUGAUGACGGCCCAGCCCUUCCUGUCCGCACAGGGGAUCGACCAAUCCCACGGCCGCGCCAAUAGGGAGGAGGUCCCGCUUGGCAAGCCUGGCGCACCAGGAGGAAAUGACCUCGUGUCGGCGCUGCACCGCCUCUCCCUGCGGCGGCAGAAUUUCCUGUGCGAGCGGCAGUUCUUCCAGGCGGAACGCGAAAAGAAGCUGGAGGCCCUGGCUGGGGAGGAAUCGGAUGUGGAGGGGAGUGGCUACAGCUCACCAAUGAGCAGCGUCAUGUCAUCCUUCACCAACCUAUCAGAGUUCUCGGUCUCGUCCAGCUGUUUUAAGACCUUUCUGCCUGAGAAGCUGCAGAUCGUCAAGCCCAUGGAGGGCUCUCUGACUCUGCACCACUGGCAGCAGCUGGCCAUGCCCCACCUGGGCACCAUCCUGGACCCCCACCCGGGCGUGGUCACCAAGGGCUUUCGGCCCCUCCCCCAUGAUGCUCUCGCCGACACCGUCUACCGCCUCACCGACCUGGAGGAAGACGAAGAGGGAGGCGACGAAGAACAGAAAUAUGACAUGAGAGGAAACCGAGGGAAGGAAGGGACAGACGCCUGGGAGAAGAAGGGAGAGGAGGAGGAAGGAGGGAUCACCUUCAAGGUGCAGUACUCAUCAACACCGGAGGAGAACAGGGAAAGGAUUAGGGAGCGUUUGCUGUUGAACGGGCCACCGGUGUCUCCCAUUUCUCCCGUUUUCGUACCAGUACCAGGCUCUCCACAGCUCCCUCUAAUCCCGAUCACCUGUGACCUCCCUAUGACCUCUAAUUCCCCCUGUGACAUCAUCAGGAGCCCGUCCCUCUUGGCUCUGCCCGCCAGUGUAACGUCCAUGGCUCCUGUCCAAUCCCAGAGCCUGACUGUCACCAGUCUUACUACUACAACAUCCUCGUCAGUUUAUAACCCGGGGAAAUGUCAGAGUUCAACGUCUUCCACCUACACCUUUACAACCUGCCGCAUCCUGCACCCCUCUGACAUCACCCAGGUCACCUCCAGUUCCCACUGUCAGUCUUCUGUCUCAGAGUACACUCCCAGCUCCAUGAGGACAGGCCCCAGCACCCCGGUGACCCCCUGCAGGCUGAGUUUGGGGGUGGACUCCUUCCCCCCUCGCCGUCCCCCUGCCCCCUGUGGCCUGGCCAAGCUGGUCCUGGAGAGGGGCAUUUCUGCUUCUCUCUCCACCGCCGAUGCCCCCCCUCCCUCUCACCUUAAAGCCCCACUCCCCCAGCGUCUCCUCCCCAGCACGCCCCCCAACUCCCCGUCCCACUCGCCGACCCCCUCGCCUGUGCCCUUUGAGUCCCGCGCCUCGGCGCCAGCCACCUGUGACAACUUCCUGGCGUCGCGUCCGGCUGAGCUCUUCCUCCAGGACGUGUAUGGGCUGAAGUUUGGCCGCACCCAUCGCCCCAACCUCCCCAGCCCCGACCCCACCUCACAUCGCCCCAACCUCCCCAGAAUCAAAGCCAAACCCGACCCCAUCAAUGUAAACUUAGUCGAGAGGCUACGCCGGCUGGGAUUGGUCAAGGUUCCCCAGGGGGUGGAGCCAUUGUCAGAGUGCCUGGUGCGUCAGGACUCGGCCACCUUCCUAGCCACAGGCGGAGGCAGCCUAUUGGACGGCCUGCGGCGGAACCAGAGCCUCCCCGCUAUGAGUGGAGUGACGCGGGGAAGCCCCUCCCACCAUCUGGGCCAGGCCCCACCUCAACCACCCACCUCCCUAGCCAUCGACCCGCCCCUCUGGGGCAACCUGAAGGGGCAGCGCUCUGUCCGCUCUAGGCCCGCCUCCACCUCCCAUGCCCCACCCCCUUCACUCAAACCAUGAAGAAGUUAUGACACUACAGGGAGACAGGGUUUGGAGGGGAGCCAGCACUGAACAGUAGCAUUUGGGCCCCACACCCUCUCUCCUCUCUCCCCCUCCAUCCCUCCCUGCCUUGCUCCUUCUCCACAUCUCUUUUAGACUGAUAUUCGGUGAAGAAAAGGGCAACAAGUCGGGGGAAAAGUCCCUCUCCUAUUUAAUAAAUUAUUUUUAAAAGCACAAUAUUGUUAAAAAUGGAAAUGUGCAUUAAUGCCACGGUGUAUAUGCCAUUUUAAAAGCCUUAGAUUGCCUGCAAGGGGCUUUAUUAGCUGUUCCUAGCCUUGCCUGCCUUCCCCCUCCAGCCCUCUAGGAGCGCUGGAGGUAGACGUUCUCCCUGCUCUCUUCUGCUCUGCCCCUGCUACAGUAGUUAUUCAUCUGUGAGGCUCUGGAUGCUCAAAUAGAUGGGAAGAUGACCGAGGGGAUAAGUAAGUUGAUGAGGGCUUGAGAAUGUUAGAGGGAUGGGGAAGAAGAGGUAAAAAGGGGAAGUGGCAGAAUGUGACUUUGGUGUCAAGGAGAGGAAGAACAAGCAAGAGAAAGAGAUGAGGGAGAGGGAGACGAGGAGGACAGAGAUGAG